AUGGCUCCCCACAAUGCUGCUCGUACGAUGUUGAAAUUAGGACAAGCUCACUCACAAACUACUCCAACUUCAGGUCAGAUGCCGCCUGCCCAAAAUCCCCGUCACCACAUGCAAAAUCAGAUGGUGAACCAGCAGAUGCAACAACGUAAUGCCGCCAUCGAACAUCAAAUGGCCCAACGACGCGCCCGGAAACCGACCGAACGAAACCUACCCGACGGUUUGGAGGACAUUGUAAUCGGUGAUGGCGUCAAGCAAUACAACAAGUUGCGCGACUCGGAGAAGAGAUUGGACCAAAUCAUGAUGCGAAAGCGAUUGGAGCUUCAAGAUACCUUCAGCAGAAACGUCAAGAGAUUCAAGACUCUCCGAAUCUUGGUCUGGAACACCUGUGCUAAUCAGUCAUGGCAGGUGGAUGUUGACGAGAACAACAUCACCUUUGACUCAAUUGCCGAUCCGACCUACACCGUCCACAUCAAAGCAAAACUACUCGAUUACGUGGAAGAUGAUAUCACCUACAGUGAUUCGGAGGAUGAAGACGAAGAAGACAACGACAUGGAGACGGAAGAGGCGGAGAAGCCCAAGAAGCCCAAAACUCUCAAGGAACAACCAUCACAUCGAUUCAGCCACUUCUUCAAAGCGCUCAGCGUUGAAUUCGAGAACGGCGGGAUCCCCGGAGACCCCAAUUGCACGGUCAAUUGGAAGAAACCUCCAAACCAAACUGCAGAUAACGAUAACGAUAUCUUCUCAUUCACCCGCAAAGCUGACGAAAACUUCAACAUCAACAUCUGCCUCACACGUGACGAGCAACCAGAGCGAUUCCGCUUGAGUCAAGCCCUCGCCUCGACCCUCGACAUGGAAGAAGCCGACCGUGCAGAAGUGGUCAUGGGAAUAUGGGAAUAUGUGAAGUUCAUGGGCCUCCAAGAGGAUGAUGAACGACGAAGCAUCCGCUGCGACGAUGCACUCAAGAGUAUUUUCGGCACGGAUACCAUCUACUUCCCACAAGUUCCUGAGCGAAUCAUCUCACACCUUCACCCACUUCCCCCCGUUCGGCUGCCGUACACUGUCCACCUUGAUGAAGCGUUCCACACAGCAAACCCGGAGCCAAAACCAACCAUUUACGACAUUCAAGUCAUGGUAGAAGAUCCAUUGCGCGCACUCAUCCUCAAGAUGACCCAAAACCCCGAACACCAGGCUCAGUUACGCCAGAUCGCCAAAUUGGAUGAGGAACUCGCGAUUGUCAUUCAGAAAAUUCAUUUGCACAAGGCUCGACAUGCUUUCUUCAGUGGAUUUGCCAAGGAUCCCAUCGGGUUUUGUGACAAGUGGAUGAAGUCGCAAAAGAAGGAUCUCAGUGUUAUUCUUGGGGAAGCAGAGAAGGGAGAUGUCGCAGGCAUGGAGUUGGCCAAAGGAGGAGACGAUAGUGUCUGGAACUCGGACUUGGUUAGGGAGGCAGUACGAUAUCGACUGGCGAAGGCGGAUGCGAAUCAUGGUCAGGCUGGAAGAUAG